AUGCCAGGAAGGCAACGUCGACAGGGAGCACUAGCCGUCCCGCCCGCAUAUAAGAAAUGUAUACUCAUUGCACACAAGAUCUUUUCUCUCUCGAGAAAUGCUCUUCCCCAGCAAGCACACAACCAAGCAAACAUGAUUAUGCUACCACCACCUAUACAACACUCGCUCUCACUUCACAGUGACAAAAACGGUACGAACACCAACACCAACAACAGAGCCAUCCAAUUGCCCUCCAUACAGGAACUCACAAGCAUGGAUUCCUCGCCUCUCUCGCUGACAUCGCCCUCGCUGUACUCCUCCAAGAACAAUUAUCUGGCGUCCAACGCGGCAAGAUCCAACGCCGGCUUCGUAGUGGCACCACCAAAAUACACAGACAAGGCAAGAGAUGAAAUACGGAGACGUCUAAUAAUACCGACGAACCAGGACAACAACAGCGCCAUGGCAAGAACGUCCAUUGGAAGUUCAGAUUCAUACAACGAAGUCCUUUCCGAUGCUGGCUCAUCGUAUCAGACAAGUAUUUUUUCGACACCUUCCACCUCCGCACAAACAACUUUCUCUUCGGCAAGUUCCAUCAGCCCAUCUCAACAACCAGUGAAAAUUUCACUGGAAGAUGCGCUCCCCAAAGUCUACUACGACAUGUACGCCCCCGAGAUUAUCCUUCAAGAACAACAACAACACACUCUCUCAUACAACGGGAGACCAUCCUUCACGAAGCGUGAGUUGCUGGACUGGGAAUUGAAUGAUAUUCGUUCUUUGCUCAUAGUGGAGAAACUAAGACCGGAAUGGUUCGGUAUGAUCCCGGAGAUCGUAGUGAACAGCGCAACGAUACCCAAGUUGCAAAUACGCUUGUUGCCCCUAUGUUCCACUGAUGAAUUCAUCAUCGAGACCUUGGUGCAAUCGGAUCUUUAUUUGGAGGCUGAUUUGGAUUACGAAUUUAAAUUGACUAGUGCUAAGUAUACUGUGAUGGCUGCUAGAAAGAGACAUGAACAAAUCACUGGUGUGGUCGCGGAGGGCAACGUCAUGCAAUUGAGUAAGAGUGAAUGGAGAAAUAUUAUUGAGAAUUAUCUUUUGAAUAUUGCAGUGGAGGCACAAUGUAGGUUUGAUUUCAAGAAUAGAUGUUCACAGUAUAAGAAGUGGAAAGUGCAACAUCAAAGAGAACAAGAAGAAUUGGCCCUCAUGCAGAAGAAGAAGGCGGAGAUGAUGGUGAACAAUGAAAAAAAUGGUCGUGGUAAAUUAUUAAAGAAGGCCAUUUGGAAGAAUUUCAAUUAUCACCAUAACAAAUUCGAAAAUAAUGAUGAUAAAUUAAUGGAAUCCAAAAAUAACACCGCUGGUUCGGUGAUUAUUGAUGACAAUGACAGGGAGUCCCUCAAUCACAUUAAAGUUUCUCUCACCAAAGAGGAAAAAUCCAUCAUUUGGUCUCAAUGCCAAGCACAAGUCUACCAAAGAUUGGGAUUAGAUUGGCAACCAGAUGGUGUGUCACAGAUGUGA